CCAUGAAACCCGAAUCCAUGAUUCUAAGUUCUCGACGACAUUGGAUUGCUUCGAUUGCUGCUCAGUGUUGUGAGUUUGCUCGCUUUCGUUGGAUUUUGGAAUGUCUACGUCGUUCUCAUCAAGCCGUUCAACAUCAUGGUGCUCUAAAUUUUGAAUAAUGCACAUCAGUUCAUUAGCACGCCGAGCAGCGACUCUUACAGGUCUAACUUUCCUAUCAGUGUGCGUGUUUACUUUUUUAUGGAUAUUUUCGAUGUGACGGAAGCAUGAUAAAGACCACACUUUUUGCAUAUUCGACUUGAUAGCCUCAAUUUUACCGUCGGGCAUUUGCAGGAAAUCUUUGAGUGAAGCACUUAAGCGUAGAGCUAAAUUGACUGGAAGGUUAAGAAAUUGCCUUCCUUCAUCCAAAACCAAGUCAUCAACUGUUUGUUUUACUUUUACAGGUGGUGGAAGAAACCUAUUGUCUAGUAAUCUAAAUAGUCCACUUCUUGGACGACAGCAUUCUGUAUUUCUACAUUUUACAAUUUGAAGCAAGUAUUGGCUCUCACGCACAUGUCCCGAAUACCAUUUAAUGUCUUGAAAAUCAGGAAGAUCUUGUUCACCUGCCCCAACAUAUUUUGCAUUAACAUUAUAGGCAUCAAUUUCCAUUGAACUCCAUACUUCAGCUAAUACAUUUCCUGCAAAUUCGAAAUUAGAUCUUUCUAAAUGUUCAUCAAUUGUAACACCACGUUCAUCCAAAUGAGACCCAAAAUGGUCAUGAGGCAAUAUUAAACCAGCCAGUUCCCGACUAAGAGGAGCCAUUCUGCGCUCUACUCUGUUAUACGCACUUCUUCCAGGAGCAUUGGUAACUAAAAAUAAUGCAUCGAGAUCAUGUCGAUUUAAGUGUUGUAUAGUAAAUCCUAUGACUUUUUGAUAACGUGGAUUUUCAUCUGGCCCUCCAUCAACCGUGACUACCACUAGUUUUACUAGUUCAUUGUCAGUUUUAGCUAAUGGUC